AAAUAGGAGGAUUUGUAAUAAAAAAAUUGCAGUAGUGGUCUAGUUAUUAAACAAAUUGGAUAUUGAGCAAUAUGACGAAAGGGAAAAUUAGUCAGAAGCGGGCAGAAGGGAGAGUGUUGAAUUUUGACCACAUCGUGUUUUGGGUGGCCAAUGCUAAAACUGCAUCAUCCUAUUUCACAACCCGACUUGGAUUCAAACCUCUUGCAGUGCGCGAAUGUACAGAAAGCAGGCCCGUGCAGUCGUAUGCAGUGAGGUCCAAUCAGAUUACCCUAAUAUUCGAGUCACCAACUUCUCAAGGGGGAGAAAUAUCAAAAGACCUGAUAGCUCAUGGUGACUUCGUGAAGGACGUGGCGUUUGAAGUUCAGGAUUUGGAUGAACUGGUCCGCAAGGCCAAGGAAGGUGGUGCUGAGGUAGUCAAGGGGAUCACUGAGGAGAAAGAUAAGCAUGGGAGCUUGAGAUACGCUGUGCUGAAAACGUAUGGCGACAACACUCACACGCUCAUAGAUCGUAGUAAGUACAAAGGAGUGCUGUGGCCAGGAUUUGAACCUGUGGAGAAUGAUGUCCUGAACAAAUCAUUACCAGCGACUAACUUGAUGUUUAUAGACCACGUUGAAGGUAAUAUGGCAGAUGGAACACUUGAAGAUUCCGUGGCUUGGUAUGAAAAGAAUCUUAACAUGCAUAGAUUCUGGUGUGUAGACUACAAACACGAUAUAGUUCCAUAUUCCUGCAUCAACUCGGCAUCUGUCAUCAACAGAGAUGAAAACGUCCUUCUUUCUAUGAAUGAAGCGGCGAAAGGGUUAAGGCCAUCCAGUAAAGCUACUGAGUUCGUGAAAGCUCUUGGCACUUCAGGUGUGGAACACAUUGCUUUGUACACCGAUGAUAUUGUUGCUACCAUGCGUAAUUUGAAAGCCCGUGGCGCGGACAUACUGUCAUGGCCGCCGACUUACUACGACCUAAUUAGAGAGAAACUGAAGCACAGUUGUGUGAAAGUAGCUGAGAGUAUCGAAGAGUUGCAGGAACAGAAUAUCCUGAUCGACUUCGACGAGCGAGGGUAUAUGCUGCAGGCGUUCACCAAGCAUCUCCAAGCAAGACCCACUGUGUUCAUUGAAAUAUUGCAGAGAAGGAAUCAUAGGGGUUUCGGUGCUAUGAACUACAAAUGGGUGUUUGAAGCGAUCGAGAGGCUGGAGAACAAAGAGAUUAAGAACGACCACACUGAAGAAGUUAAGAAGAAUGAUGCUGCUUAAAUAUACCUACGUGCCUAUAAAUACUAAUCAUAAUGCUUAUUAAUAAUACAUACUUGUUUAUUUACAUAAAUAAAUGUUGAUUCUAACAUUAAAUAAAAAUGAAGUACCUCUAUACAUAUUAACUAAAAAUCACGGUUUACUCACGUACCUACAUUAAUAGAGAAAAGCUCUACUAGUUUCGAGCCCCAGAGCUAGUCACUUAGCAAAGUAGGCUGCGCGACGUCGCCGAAGCUGGCCAGAAUCUAGUAAUCCAUGAUUAAGAGUCCCUCUGUGACUCGAAACUAGUAGAGCUUUUCUCCAUUAAUAUACGUGAGUAAACCGUGAUUUUUAGUUAAUUUAGUAUGGCUCACGAUAGUUAUUAUAAAAACCUAGAUACUUAUUAUGUUAUUGGCUUUUGUUUUACCUACGAGUAUAUGAUAAUGUAUUAUUAAAUUUAUGUAAAGUAAUAAAUGUCCUUGAUCUGA